GCAGAACUUAUUUUGGAAAAAAUAUUCAAUUAUGUUAAAUAUAUUUUUGAAUCAAAUAUAAAUUUAUUUUAGAAUCUACUGUUGGAAGAGUUCAAAUAAAAGAAUUAAUUAAUAAAGGAAAUUUAGAAGCUUUGGAAGAUAUUAUUCUCAGAGGACAUGGAGGUUUGCUUUUGGGAGAAACAUCACCAAAUCCAACAAUAAAUGACUUUCUUACAAUGGUGCCUUUCUAUUUGAAAAGAAUUCAUGAUGUACAUCGUGCUGCUAUGAGAGGUCGUUUACAAGAAAUUACAAAACUUUUAGAUCAUAAAAGUUUUGCAAUUGCAACUGACCAAUUAGGUGCAACUCCACUUCAUAAGGCUGUCUGGUAUGAAAAUUAUGAUGUUGCUGAAUAUAUUGUGAAUAAUUUUCCACUUUCAUUAAAUAUUACUGAUAUGGAUGGAAGAACGCCAUUACAUUAUGCAGCAGUUUUACGAGAUAAUAAAGACAUGUAUAAUAUUCUUUUAAAUGGUGGUGCUAGCAAAUCUGUUCAAGAUAUUAAAGGAAAAAUUCCAGACUAUUAUUUACAACACCCAGAACUACUAAAAAUUGAUGAAGUGAUCAGAAGAAACCAACGGAUAAAUGCAACACACAUGGCUAAUAUUAUUAAUCAUACCAGAUCAAAACUUCCUCUGAGACGUAAGUAUGCAUUAUUAUAAAAUUAUCUAAUACAAUACACUCUUGUUAAUCUGAAGUGAUUAUUGAAGGAGGUUGUUUGAAUAAGUGGGAUUACACAAAAGAAAAAGAAACCAAAUACAGACAAAUACAUAUACUAUAUUUAUUCUAAGGGCCAUCCAUAAAUUACAUAAGGGUGAUU